AUGAAGGCAAUCGACACUCUGGCCAAGCGGCUUGUGCCGACACCAAGUCCACAGGUGUGCGUCGCAUUCGGGGGCUGGAGCUGCCAAGACGGACUCCGGGGCAACCCUCGCGAUCCGGUGAAGGCGUUCAGGAAGGCGCUGGAGCGGCGCGCUACUGUGCUGCCGAUGGACGAGUUUCGGAACAGUAAGCUGUGCUCCUGCUGCCACCAGAGUCUUCGCAGAGCCCGACUGCUGACCAAGGUCAAGGACAAAGACACCAAGGAGGACAAGAUCGUUUUGAAGGGCAACAGAAACGUCCUGCACUGUAAGAACAGUCGCUGCAGGGCCCACUUCUGGAACCGAGACGUCAACGCUGCCAUCAACAUUUUGGAGCUGCUCAAGUGCAGGCUGCUUGACCUGGCGAGGCUGGCAGCAUUCCAGCGGUAA